AUGUCAACAAUAUUUGAUCAUCAACCAAAUCAAACAUCAUGGCCUUCCCGUGAAUGUAUUAUAUGUAACUCAAAAGCUAUUGGUAUUAAUUUUGGUGCACUUACAUGUGCACCAUGUAAAGCUUUUUUCCGUCGUAAUGCUCGACGAAAAGAAAUUCUUGAAUCACCAUGUCAACAUCGUAAUAUAGAUUUAUCGAUAGUAAAUUAUAUGAAUGAUUCUUAUAAAAUAGAUUGUUAUUUACAAAUACGUCGUUGUUCAUCAUGUCGAUUACGUCGUUGUUUUAAUAUGGGAAUGAAAGAAGAAUUAAUUCGAACCGAUGAAGAAAAUAUUCGACAUAAACAACUUGUAGAUAUGAAUAGACGAAAACGAGAAUUCUUAAAACAAAAACAACAAAACAAACAAUUAUCAAUUUCACAGUGUAUUGUAAACAAUGAUGUACUUUUACAUGAAUCAGAUUGGUGUCAUUUAACAAAUAUUGUAUCAGCUUAUGAAACACAUUGUCUUAAAACUUAUAUUCAACAACGUUCAACUAUGUAUAGUAAUGAAACAAAAUCAUGUCAACAUCAACAUUUGCCAACAAAAUAUUGUACAGCAUUACCAAUGACUUUAACUAUUUCACUUUGUUCAUUUCUUCAAUCAUUACCAGCAUUUCAUUCUUUAUCACAUAUAAAUCGAAUGUUUUUAUGUAAAAAUAAUCUUCGUUUAUUACUAUUUCCCAAUAUGUUUGAACUUAGACAAUCGUGUUUUUUUGAACCAUGGCAGAUAUCGCUUGAAAAAGCUACGUGGGAAUUGAUAUGUGGUCCUCAAUUAUUUGAAGAAUUUAACCGUACAGCAAAAUUAGUUGAACGAUCAUUAAUAACUGAUCCUAUAAUAAUACGUCUUUGGCUAGUUGUAUUAUUUUUUUCUUCAUCACUUUUUUGUUUAUAUGAUAAUUAUCUACUUUUAAAAAUUCCAAAGAAAAAAACUGCUAUUAUUGAUAUUCAAAAUAUUUAUGCAACUCUUCUAUGGAAAUAUUUAUUAUAUCGUCAUGGAUAUUUUGGUGCAGUUCAAAUUUAUUCAAAUUUAAUUCAUACAUAUUUACAAAUGCAACGUAUUGGAUUUGAAAUUGGUGUUCAAGUACGAACACGUAAUGAAUUACUGAUUACAUAUGAAACACUUAAUCAAAUAUUAACAUUUGAUAUUCGUAAUAAUUAG